AUGGGCUCCUGUACCUCGUUGCGCUCCUUCGCGCGGCCGGGCCUGGUGGUGCCGGUCGUGGAUUUUGCACACUUUGGCUCAUUGAUGCUGGCUCGAGGCCCUACGCGCUUGGGCUUGUGCUUGUCCGCCAGCGGCUUCUUCAUGGUGGGAAGUUGCAUGUCGGUGAUCAUGCACGCGAACGUUGGGCCGUCCUUGUCCUUGAGGAGCUUUGCAUACGCAGAGCCGGUGAUGUUCGUGGCGGCCUUUGGACAUAUUGGCUUCUCUCUUUUGCCUCACAGCUACUCCCGCCUUGGAUUCUCCUCCUUGGCGUUUGGUGCGGCCGUCUUUGGGUCGAUCUUGUCUGUGGUGAACACGGGCGUCUUUGACAAGCUUUCAGUCAUUGGCGCGACUCGCAUGGCAUCCUUCACUUCUGCCCGGAACCUCGUACGACCUGAGCCCGUGCCGCCGGCCUCAGGCCCGGCAUAG